AUGUUCACAAAGUUCCGUGGGACGCUGGAGUACUGCAGUCCUGAGGUUCACAAUGGAGCAAAGUACCGGGGCCCAGAAUUGGACGUCUGGGCACUGGGUGUCACACUGUACACAGUUUUGUUCAGAGAGAAUCCGUUCACAGCAUCUGAAGUGCCAGGGACUCUGAAUGAUCUUCCUCAUCCACUCACUGAAGGUAGUAAUGAUGCAAUGACAUUGUUGCUGGGCCUCCUACAACCAGAUCCUCUGAAACGCUUCACUGUUCUGCGAGCCCUGUCCUGCGAUUGGCUACGGCAGAUUGUUAACUUGAACGACUACAGCUGGUGUGAUAUGUUCGGUGAUGUUCCAGUACACUCUGACAGCAUGUAUGAACUUGAUUGUUAA